AUGCUAGGGCACUGGACGCGACUUGCUCGAGUCACACGUGCAGCGCAAUGUCUCCUACGGCCCCAACCGACCAGGCGCUCGCUUGCCAGCGUCCUCAAGACAAGCCCGAGUCCGGCAACAUUUCGUGAAGAAGGCAUACGGCUUCGCGAGUAUCAAGAAGAAUGCAUCCAAUCCGUCCUAUCCUACCUUGAAAAAGGCCACAAGAGGCUAGGAAUCUCGCUUGCAACAGGUAGUGGCAAGACGGUCAUCUUCACCCAGCUCGUUGAUCGAGUCGCGCCACCGACCAAAGAUGCUCAACAAACGCUCAUCCUCGCCCACAGGCGAGAGCUGGUGGAACAGGCAGCGCGACAUUGCGCAAAAGCGUACCCGGAGAAAAGCAUCGACAUCGAAAUGGGCGAGAUACACGCCUCUGGCGCUGCAGACAUAACGAUCGCCUCUGUUCGAAGCUUACUGUCCGGCGACCGACUGGACAAGUACAAUCCGCGCAGGUUCAAGCUUGUACUGGUGGACGAAGCACACCACAUCGUGGCGCCCGGAUACCUACAAAUACUGGACCACUUUGGGUUGAAGGAGCAAAUAGGAGUUUCAGAAGACACUCCUUGUCCGGCUCUUGUUGGCGUGUCGGCGACAUUCUCCCGAUUUGACGGGUUGAAGCUGGGCGCGGCCAUCGACCAUAUCGUCUACCACAAGGACUACGUAGACAUGAUCGGCGAGAAAUGGUUGUCCGACGUCAUGUUCACCACGGUCAAGUCACGCGCCGAUCUGUCCAAGGUUGGGUCUGGAAGAGACGGCGACUUCCAGACAGGACAGCUCUCCGCUGCAGUCAAUACGGACGUCACCAACGAGAUCACAGUGCAGGCAUGGAUGGCGGAGGCGCGAGAGCGCAAGUCGACGCUUGUCUUUUGCGUCGAUAUCAACCAUGUGGUCAGUCUGACUGAGACUUUUCAGAACCAUGGAAUCGACGCACGAUAUAUCACGGGGUCUACGAAGAAAAGGGUGCGUGGCGAGCGCCUCGAUGCGUUUAGGAACCGCGAGUUCCCUGUCCUGCUGAACUGUGGUGUCUUUACUGAGGGCACCGAUAUGCCCAACAUCGACUGUGUUCUUUUGGCACGGCCUACCAAAUCUCGCAAUCUACUCGUUCAGAUGAUCGGACGCGGUAUGCGUUUGUAUCCUGGAAAGACGGACUGUCAUGUCAUCGACAUGGUGGCCUCUCUUGAAAUCGGCAUUGUCACCGUUCCGAGUCUCUUUGGUCUCGAUCCGUCCGAGAUGGUCAAAGAGGCCCGGCCGGAUGACCUGAAGAGUCUGAAGGACAAGAAGGAGGCCACGAACAACAACGAGCGCUCCGUAACAACAGACUCUGUUGUGUCUGCAUCUGUACCUGACCAUCAUCUUGAUUUCACGCAUUAUGAGACAGUCCACGAUCUGAUAGAGGAUAGCUCGGGAGAACGACAUGUGCGCGCCAUGUCCCCCAAUGCCUGGGUCCAGGUCGACUCGCACAAGUAUAUACUUGCCGCGAGGGGCGGCAUCCUGACACUUGAACGACGGCUGGCAGAUGCCAGCGAUGCUUACGUCGUCAUCUGGAAGCACCAGCUGCCACCAAGUGAAGCAAGCAAGUCGCCCUGGUCACGACCUCGCACCAUCGCCACAGCAGCAACGCUCUCCGACGCCCUCCACGCCGCCGACACAUUCGCAUCCAGCAAAUUCGAACGCGUCAUGAUUGCCACGCAGUUGUCGUGGCGGAAGGGGCCCGCGUCCAAGGGCCAACUCGACUUUCUGAACCGGUUGCGUGAUGUUACUGCAGACGAUGGUGUCGAGCCCUUGACUGAGGACCAGGUCACCAAAGGCCAGGCGGCCGAUAUGAUCACCAAAGUGAAAUUCGGCGCACGAGGCCGCUUUGAUAAAUUGCAGGUAUCGAUGAGGAAGGCCGAAAAAGCAGGUCUGAAGAAGCGGAAAGAUAUGGAAAGGAGAGCAAGGGAGACGGUGAGUGUAGGUCCUUUGGAAGCUUAG